GCCAAACCGAGCCGAGCCGCGCUGAGCUCAGCCAAGCCGAACCUGACCGAGCCAAACCAUGCUGAGCCGAGCUCAGCCGUGCCAAACCGAGCCGGGCCAUGCUGAGCUGAGCCGAAACAACCCCAGCUGAGCCAAGCCCUGCCCACCUAAACCGAGCCGAGCCGUGCUGUGCCGAGCUGAGCCCAACGCAGGCGAGCCAAACCUAGCGCAGCUAUGCCUGGCUGAGCCGAGCCGAGCCAAACCGAGCCCAGCUGUGCUCGGCUGAGCCGAAAUGAGCCCAGCUGAGCCCGGCUGAGCCGAGCCCAGCGAGCGAGCGAGCGGCUGCGCGGCCCGGCCGCUCCCGUCGGAGCUGUCCAGCCCCAUCCCGCCUUUCCCGGCGCUCCUGCCGUUCCCGCAUCCCGCUGCCGCCGCUCAUCCCGAUCCCGCUCAUCCCGAUCCCGACCCCGCCAUGCGGGAGCGAUGAGCGCAGCCGCCCCGCCCGGCCAUGGAGGAGGAUUUGUUCCAGCUCCGGCAGCUCCCGGUGGUGAAGUUCCGCCGCACCGGGGAAAGCUCCAGGUCGGAUGAGGAUGGAAUUUCAGGAGAGCACGAGGUGCAGAUUGAGGGGGUCAGGACAGAGUUAGAGCCUGUGGAGCUGGAGGAUGGAGCUGCAGUGCCAAAGGAAUUUGCCAACCCCACUGAUGAUACUUUCAUGGUGGAAGAUGCGGUGGAAGCCAUUGGAUUUGGGAAGUUCCAGUGGAAGCUCUCUGUCAUCACUGGAUUAGCCUGGAUGGCAGAUGCCAUGGAAAUGAUGAUUUUAAGCAUCCUGGCUCCCCAGCUCCACUGUGAGUGGCGAUUGCCCAGCUGGCAGGUGGCUCUGCUCACCUCGGUGGUGUUUGUGGGAAUGAUGUCCAGCUCCACCCUCUGGGGAAACAUUUCAGACCAGUAUGGGAGAAAAACUGGCCUGAAGAUCAGCGUGUUGUGGACACUCUACUACGGGAUCCUCAGUGGGUUUGCUCCCGUGUACAGCUGGAUCCUGGUGCUGAGGGGCCUGGUGGGAUUCGGGAUUGGAGGAGUGCCUCAGUCGGUAACUUUAUAUGCUGAGUUCCUUCCAAUGAAAGCCAGAGCAAAGUGCAUUUUAUUAAUAGAGGUGUUCUGGGCCCUUGGGACUGUGUUUGAGGUGCUCCUGGCGGUGCUGGUGAUGCCCACGCUGGGCUGGCGUUGGCUCCUCAUCCUCUCUGCCCUCCCACUCCUGCUCUUCGCUGGCCUGUGCUUUUGGCUGCCAGAGAGUGCCAGGUAUGAUGUGUUGUCUGGGAACCAGGAGAAAGCACUUGCCACUUUGAAGAGGAUAGCAACAGAAAAUGGAGCUCCAAUGCCUCUGGGAAAACUGGUCAUUUCCAGACAGGAAGACCGAGGAAAAAUGAAAGACCUUUUCACCCCCCAUUUCAGAUGGACCACGUUGUUACUCUGGUUCAUAUGGUUUUCCAAUGCCUUUUCAUAUUAUGGGUUAGUUUUAUUAACUACAGAGUUCUUCCAAGCAGGAGAUGUUUGCAGCAUAUCCAGCAGAAGGCAAGAAGUUAAAGCAAAGUGCAGCCUGACCUGUGAGUAUCUGACAGAAGAGGAUUACACAGACCUGCUCUGGACAACCCUCUCAGAAUUCCCUGGGGUGUUGGUGACACUCUGGAUCAUCGACCGGAUCGGCCGCAAGAAAACCAUGGCCCUGUCCUUCCUUGUCUUCUCUUUUUGCAGCCUCCUGCUGUUCCUCUGUGUUGGAAGGAAUGUUCUGACUGUGCUGCUCUUCAUUGCAAGAGCCUUUAUUUCAGGAGGAUUUCAGGCUGCUUAUGUUUACACUCCUGAGGUUUAUCCCACAGCCACACGUGCUUUGGGCCUGGGAACAUGCAGUGGAAUGGCAAGAGUGGGAGCCCUCAUAACCCCCUUCAUUGCACAGGUGAUGUUGGAAUCCUCAGUGUACCUGACCCUGGUGGUUUACAGUGGCUGCUGCCUCCUGGCUGCCCUGGCCUCCUGCUUCCUACCCAUCGAGACGAAGGGCCGUGGCCUCCAGGAGUCCAGCCACAAGGAAUGGGGCCAGGAGAUGGUGGGGAGAGGAUCUCACUCCCCAGAGGAAUCGCAGGAGUGAUGGCACGUGGAAAGAAUGAAUGACUGGAGCAAGAUUUCUCACAAAACCUCCGAGCCUGAAGCAUCGAAAGCUGAGCCUCGUCACUGCCAACGUCACGUGUCAAACUGCAGGAAUCUGGGGGUGAACCUCAGCAAAUUGUGUCUCUGCUGCUCUUUGCUCACACUCAUAGAAACUUUCCAUCUAUAUGGAGAGGGAUUUAAUCCAGACAUCCUCUGGAGUUUAGCAGGAAGAGUGUUUGUCUGUCGUGCUUGCAUGGUCAGCUCCUCAGCUUCAAACGUCCCGUGCCAAGCAAAUCACCAAGUGACUGCAGCCCAGCAUCAGCUGUAACUAAAUACUGAACUCUCGAGCCUAAAAACAAGAGGUUGAUAUUUAUUGUGUCCCUGGCCCAGCACAGGGUGGGUUCCAUACACUACAUUAGGAAUUACAUGCCUGCCUUGCACUUUU